GCGCGAGCCCGCCCCCGGCCCGGAAGUGCGCAGGCGCUGGCAAGAUGGCGGGAGGGGUGCGCCCGCUGCGGGGCCUCCGCGCCUUGUGUCGCGUGCUGCUCUUCCUCUCGCAAUUCUGCCUUCUGUCGGGCGGUGAGCAAUCGCAGGCGCUGGCUCAGUCAAUAAAGGAUCCGGGCCCAACACGCACAUUCACAGUAGUUCCCAGGGCAGCAGAAAGUACUGAAAUCCCACCUUAUGUGAUGAAGUGUCCAAGCAAUGGUUUGUGUAGCAGACUUCCUGCGGACUGUAUAGACUGCACAACCAAUUUCUCCUGUAUCUAUGGGAAGCCUGUCACUUUUGACUGUGCAGUGAAACCAUCUGUUACCUGUGUUGAUCAAGACUUCAAAUCCCAGAAGAACUUCAUCAUCAACAUGACUUGCAGAUUUUGCUGGCAGCUUCCUGAAACAGAUUACGAGUGUACCAAUUCCACCAGCUGUAUGACGGUGUCCUGUCCUCGGCAGCGCUACCCUGCCAACUGCACGGUGCGGGACCACGUCCACUGCUUGGGUAACCGUACUUUCCCCAAAAUGCUAUAUUGCAACUGGACUGGAGGCUAUAAGUGGUCUACUGCUCUGGCUCUGAGAUCCUACCACGUGUGUUAGACUCUAGGAAACAGCUGGAAGAGUUUAGAUGAUCAGACCAGUACCUCCGUGGAGUUGACUGGCAGGAAUGUUAGCUUUUCUCCCAAGAUGCCUGCACAUCAGGUUUCCCAUUCUGAACGUACCAUGAAUCAGUAAAAUGCUGUGGACUAUCCAAAAUAGGCAGUUUUAUGAUGUAUAUCUUUAAUUUUAAGUAACUAUUAUAAAAAGUAAUACAUGCUGAACACUGAAAACUGGAAAAAUGAAAAUGACAAAAACAUUAAAAAUUACCUAUAAUUUCACCAUCUGCAGAUAAUUAUAGGCUUAUAUUUCUUACAUAGAAAUGUGCUGUUUGUUAAACUUCUCGGCAAUACUUUAAGAAAUUAUAGCAGUUCUUCCCACCACAGGGAAGGGCAGGUAGGACCCUGGUUAACUGACUAGUGAAAAGGUUAUGCUGCCUACAGUUGAAGUUUUGAGUUCGUGCCUGAGACCCUGAGGCCUGCAGCAUUGCAGCCAUAGGGCAGGAUUUCUCAGCCUCAUCACUGCUGACAUUCUGGGCUGAAUGAGUUUUUGUCUUGGGGCUGUCCUGUGCAUAGCAGGAUGUUUAGCAGCAUCAGGGGCCUCUGCCUACUACUUGUCAGUAGCAAACCCCCCAUCCCUUGCAGUUGUGACAUUGUGUCUCCAGAUGUUGCCAGGUGUCCCCUAGGGGACAAAAUUGCCCCUUGCUGAAAACCACUGCAUUAGAAUUUGAGCUGAGGAAAGAAAGAUCUUGCCUGGCAGGAAAAGUGUAACUGAAAAGUAAAAGAGGAUGCCAGGCUAGGAAAUGAGAUUAACAAAAAUAAGAUAGGCCAGGCGCGAUGGCUCACACCUGUAAUCCCAGCACUUUGGGAGGCCGAGGCUUGCGGAUUGCUUGAGGUCAGGAGUUCGAGACCAGCCUAGCCAACAUGGUGAAACCCCCGUCUCUACCAAAAAUACAAAAGCUGCCAUCGUGGUGCCUGUCUGUGGUUCCAGCUGCGUGGCAGGCUGAAAUGGGAAGAUCACUUGAGCCCAGGAGGAGGAGGCUGCAGUGAGCUGGCAUUGCACCACUGCACUCCAGCCUCAGUGACAGAGUGAGAUUCUGCCUCAGAAAAAGAUUAGUAACCAUUGCUGACAGUGGUUCAAAUUAACAACUGGCUUUUAAAAAAAAAUAAAUGUUUGAAACUUGGAAUAAUUUUAAUUUACAGAAAAGUUGCAAAGAUAGUAAAGUUCUUAUAUACCCCUAACCUGGUUUCCCUACAUUGUUAACCUCUUACAGUACUAUACUAUAACAUACUUUCAGCAAUUAAAACUUCUCAGCACUCAACAUGGUUUUUUUGUUUUGUUUUGUUUUGUUUUGAGACGGAGUCUCGCUCUGUCGCCCAGGCUGGAGUGCAGUGGCGCGAUCUCGGCUCACUGCAGGCUCCGCCCCCCGGGGUUCACGCCAUUCUCCUGCCUCAGCCUCCCGAGCAGCUGGGACUACAGGCGCCCGCCACCACGCCCGGCUAAUUUUUUGUAUUUUUAAUAGAGAUGGGGUUUCACCGUGUUAGCCAGGAUGGUCUCGCUCUCCUGACCUCGUGAUCCGCCCGCCUUGGCCUCCCAAAGUGCUGGGAUUACAGGCGUGGGCCACUGCGCCCGGCCUCAGGGUUUCUUUUAAAAUCUUCACUGUAAUGAGAUGAUGCCCAAGGUUUGCUUCAGGGUACUCUGGAGGGGAAAGAGGAGGGUUUUGGUGAAACACGGCUGGCCAAGUGUUGAUGAUUGGAGCUGAGUCAUGGGUACUUUUCUCUUUACUUUUUAUUGUUAUCUGUUUAGAAAUUUUCCAUAAUAUUGUUUCAGUAUUAUUAGAUCUUAGAAUUUAAAAGAACCUUAAAAGUCACUUAUUCCUAACAUUAAGAUUUGAGAGAUGAAUGAAAACAUAGACUGAAACCUGGACGACUUGAUCAGGUCAUCCAGGUGGUGCUGGCUCCUCCUGACUCCAGCCCUGACCCCGUGUUAGUGCACUUCCUGUUAGACUGAGUCUUUGUUUUGACUAAAAAGCAAUGAGAUUGAUCACUUAAAAAAAAAGAAAAAAGAAAACAGUUUUUUAGUACAGCUAAAAAUUGUAUGUUUACUUUUGACAUUUAAACAGUCUUCCUGCCUAUAAUUAUUUGGUGGUCUCAAUUGGUGAAAUAGUCACUUGUGUUCCAGUUAAGGGCUGUAAUCAGUGGACGCCCUUUCUCAAAUCUGACAUAAUGCGGUGAUUAAACCAUAACUGGCCACAGUUGGGGUGGAGGUGGUCUCACGGAAUCCUGUCUGUCUGCCAUCGCAGCAUCACCCUCGGUGGGUUUGGAGCAGACCGUUUCUACCUGGGCCAGUGGCGAGAAGGCCUUGGCAAGCUCUUCAGCUUCGGUGGCCUGGGAAUAUGGACGCUGAUAGACGUCCUGCUCAUUGGAGUUGGUUACGUCGGACCAGCAGAUGGCUCUUUGUACAUUUAGCUGUGGUAUGUGCUUCAGAAAGGAGCAGGGCUUAGGAAAAGCUCUUUUGUCCAUAGGAAUUUAUGUGGUGUGAGUGAUAUAUUUCUAUGUUCUUAAUGUACAGCAUCUGUACUUUGUUUGCCUUGAUAAAGGUAAAAUAAAUGGAACACUGAACUAUGCUAAUCUGGAAUUUGUUUUUAUUUGCCUGAAAUGUAUUUUUUUCUGUGAAAAAAUUAAAACGUACGUAAGCCAGGAGAAUGAAUUAUACUAUGAUUGAAAAUCCAUUUAAUUCCUGUGACUUUUGUUUUGUGUUGCCCAAGUCAAACUACAUCACUUGUAUCUCCAGCCCAAAUGUAGUCUGCCUUGAAAAGCCUUUCAGCUGUGACUGCAGAAGGUAGGAAGUGUUUUUAUUGUUAGCUAAUUGAAGUUAUUUGGCUCAACUUCAGUCAUGUGUUAAGUUUUGCAGUGUAAUAUGUAUAUGCAGUCUGGUCUGUAUAUAUGAAAAUUUGAAUUAAACUGCAGAAUGUUAAUGUCUAGUUAUGGUUUAAAUUUUCUUAGUAGUAUAUAAAAGGUAAGAGUACUGAAAAAUUAAUAAAAUUGCAAGUUAAGAAA